GAAGAAGUGACGAAGUGUAUUGAAAGUGAAAUGAAGUUAGAUUGAGAUGUGUACUUGUUAUUGAAAGCUGUUUUAAUUUUGUUAUUGUAAUGGUAAAAAAGAUGUUUCUUUGAAACUAGUGAUUAUUAAGUCAUCCCGAUGUUGGACUUAAACUCUUGUUCAUGUAGUGUUUUCGCCUUCACAAUCCAGUUUUGCCAAGGAAGCAUUUCGUGGAUACCGAAGAAAGCUUCAAACAAGUUUGAAGCUUUCGAGGCCGUAUUCAUGGAACUAUGAACCUGGACUCGUUGUCAUUUACUUUGUCACAAAUAAGUUAUUUGGUUGCGAAUUUGUCAAAGAAAAAUUACAAAUCAAGCACACAGGAAAUAUCGCAAUUGGUUGUGUUGCAUGGUCUAGAAGCGGACAGACACUUACUGCGUUGUCUUUUCUCACAUUUGGAUUUAAGUGUAGAGGGAAUCAAGAACGUCUCAAAAGACAACCUUCAGAUCCAACUGCUGAGUCAGGAGUGUGCUGCGCUGCUUACCAAGCCUGCCCUCAUAUCCAACCUUUGCUUUGCUAUUGACAACCCUUUGCACCACCAAAAGACUUUGAAACCUUCAAAUCAGUUACUUCCAUAUAUUAGUAAAGCAUUACGACUUUCACCUGUCCAAGAAGUAACAUUUGGACUUGCUUUACUGCAUUCCUCAAACAGUGAUAUUGUUGUAUUUGCAUCACACUUUCUGAAACAGAAGUUAUUCGAACUUAUACGUACUUAUAUAAAUUCUGACACUGCCAACACAAAUUUACCAGAAGGAGGUCUCCACGAUACUACUCCUGAAGUGCUAAACUUGAUUUUGAGAAGUCUUUACGGACCAGGAGAAACUCUAGGAGUUACAGCAGAAACAAAAGAGAUUUUCCUGAAAAAUUUACGAAGAGAUUUUCCACGAGAAUUGGUGCCAGUAGUACUCGCACCAUUGUUGUACCCAUAUAGUUGUGACCUGCCUAUGGACAAACUUAACCAGGAUUCUUCCAAUAUGGCUAACACUAUGCUGGACAGUACAUUGGCCGACCUGGUAAUGGAGAUAGGCUACGGGUUCUGCGGCAGCGUGGAGGAGUGCCGAGGACACUUGAUGACACUGGGAGCUCAGAACAUCUCAGCAGGAGGUGUGGCUCGGGUGCUUGCAAUGAUGAUUCGGUCCCACACUGGCCUGGACAGUGCCUAUUGGGCCGGAACUACUGACCCGACACCACCCAAAGAUAAACCUCCCGAACCUCCUCACCCCACCUCAUGGAAUGUUGAUGUCUUCGUCCAAACUCUUAAAGAGCUGGUGCCUAAUGUCCAGUGGAAAGAUGUUAUCUUGGAGCUAGACCAUGCAGAUUUCCUUGUGAAGGAUAGGCAAGGCCUGAGUCUGCUGAUCACUGCUCUGCGACUGGGAUUGCAGGGCCAGGGCUUCCAUCCUGACAGGUUUCCUGUUGACCUAUUCUACCGCCACUGGAAACACGCUGACUCGCAGCUUUCACUCUUCCAACAAAUUUUGAAAAAUCCAGAUGUGUUCUCUUUUGCUGAUUAUCCCUACCAUGCAGUAGCUAUUGAUAUUCUUAAAACAUUACCAGAAAACGACAAUAAAGAGAUACUGACUUGGCGAUCUUUAGAUCUGGUUCAGACUCUACUGUACCUAUCUGAGCGAGGUCUGUAUAGUCAGGUCCAAGAGCUACUCAAGUUUCCGAUCCAGAACUGUCCAGACGUUCUUGCAUUGGCUCUCUUGCAGAUCAAUCCUCCUGUGUCCAUCGUAAGACAGGAACUUCUCACCAACCUCAUGCCGAUCUUCCUCACCAACCAUCCCAACUCUGCCAUCAUUUUGCAUCAUGCAUGGCACUCGCAGAAUUCAAUUAAACCGAUCAUCAUGCAUUCAAUGGCAGAGUGGUAUCUGCGAGGGGAGAAUGAUCAGUCCAGAUUGACGAGAAUCCUGGAAGUGGCACAAGAUCUGAAGGCCCUUUCUAUGCUUCUAAACGCCCAAUCGUUCCCCUUUGUGAUCGACCUAGCCUGCCUGGCAUCUCGGCGAGAGUACCUCAAGCUUGAAAAGUGGCUGACAGACAAGAUCAGAGAACACGGUGAACUAUUCAUUAGUGCCGUUGUGAAAUUCCUCCAGCGAAGAUGUCCAUCAAUUAUGGGAGGAAUCAUGAAAGAGGAAAACUUACCGAAGUCAGCACAAUUACUUUCGGACACUUUGGCUACUAUUCUUCAUUGUUUACAAAGCUGUGUUGCGAGUGGUGGCAUAUCCCAGGAGUUGUCAGAGACAAUACUUGCAAUGGCAACCAACUGUUCAUUGUUGAUGAGCAAACAGCGCCAUCCACCAGGUGUACUGCGACAUCGAGGCAUGGACCCCACAUUUACCCCUUUCGCUUCACAGCCUGUUGACACUUUGGCCAACCUCAGUUCCAGCCUGGCUGGCAUGGGCAUGGGUGGGCCGCCUAGUAGCUCGGCCUUUAGUUUGCAGGGGGGCUUGGGACCACUAGUCUCUACACCUGGGUCUCCCAGUCGACUGAUGGCCCCAUCCCAGUCUCCGGCCCCCCCAUUCCCUAUGAUGCCUCUUGGGGCCCCUGUCGGCUCACAGGUGGGGCCUGGCCCCUCGCUUGUUGGAGUCACCUCCAUGGCUAGAAUGGGGCAGCCCGCAACCUCCGCCAUCGACAAAUCCAGACUGGGUGAGGUGUCAAAUAUGUUCCCAGAGAUGACACAGAGUGUUUCCAAAGAAAUAGAAGAUGAAGCUAAUAGUUACUUUCAAAGAAUUUACAACCAUCCACCUCACCCUACCUUGUCCAUUGAUGAGGUUCUUGAAAUGCUCAGCAAAUUCAAAGACUCCGGAAGCAAAAGGGAGCGGGAGGUGUUCAAUUGUAUGUUGAGGAAUCUUUUUGAGGAAUACCGAUUCUUCCCACAGUACCCUGAUAAAGAGCUGUACAUUACUGCACAGCUGUUUGGGGGGAUUAUUGAGCGAGGUUUAGUCACAAACUUUGUAAUGCUUGGGCUGGCACUAAGAUUUGUGUUGGAUGCACUCCGUAAACCCAACAACAGCAAGAUGUAUUACUUCGGGAUUGCAGCUCUGGACAGGUUCAAAAGUCGACUGAAGGAAUACCAGAAAUACUGUGAACAUGUCACGGGUAUCGCACACUUCUCAGAGUUCCCGCCCCACCUUAUAGAGUACGUGGAGUACGGACUGCAGGGACAGGAGCCCCCGAACCGUCCUCAGGGCCCUGUGCUGCCUACAUCAUUGGCUGCCAUAUUGACAGCAGUUACCACUGCCUACAAGACUAUCACCGCCACCACUGUCACCAGCACCACUACAGUCACAGUGGCCAAAGUGUCUACAACGUCUGUCAUUGCAUCUCGGCCCUCAAUCGCUAAUGCAACAAACAUAGAUACACUACUGGUAGCUACUGAAAAAGAUGAGAAAAUUAUAUCGCCUCCUGAAGCAAUGCAGGACAAAGUGGCAUUUAUUUUCAACAACCUUAGUCAGCUCAAUCUGCAGACUAAAUGUGAUGAACUCAGAGAGAUAGUGACAGAAGAGUACUGGCCUUGGAUUUCUCAGUACUUGGUGAUGAAGCGAGCCAGCAUCGAACUCAAUUUUCACGUGUUGUACUCCAACUUCCUGGAUGUUCUCAAAGUCCCAGAAGUUAAUGUCAUGGUUCUCAAGGAGACUUACCGCAACAUCAGAGUACUAUUGAGGUCAGACAAAGGAAUCGCCAACUUCUCUGACAGAUCUCUACUUAAAAACCUGGGUCAUUGGCUUGGCAUGCUGACACUCGGUCGCAACAAGCCCAUCUUGUACCGGGACUUGGAUCUCAACUCCCUACUGAUAGAAGCCUACAACAAGGGGCAGCAGGAGCUCCUCUAUGUUGUGCCAUUUGUCGCUAAGGUUUUGGAAUCCUGUGCCAAAAGCAAGGUCUUGACAGGAUCUUCUUUAGAGUUAUUUAAGCCUCCCAACCCAUGGACGAUGUCAAUAAUGAACCUGUUGUCAGAGUUGCACCAAGAACAAGAACUCAAGCUUAACCUCAAGUUUGAGAUUGAAGUUUUAUGCAAGAAUCUUUCAUUGGAUGUUGGUGAUCUCAAGCCAGGCAAUCGACUCAAAGAUCCAAGCUCCUUGAAAGUAAUAGAACAUCAGCUAUCUCCGCCAAAACCCAAAACUGAUACACCUUCAACACCAGCCCUAACAAACCCUCCACAAACGCCUCAGCAAGGUAACAUGUCAGCAGUAGUCCAGUUGACAACUGCAGAAGAACUGUCACAGAUGGUAGCCCCGACCCCUGCUCCUCCACCACCCACCAGUUCCACCCCCACCCCUGGGCUGGCCCCCGCUAACCCUCCUGAGCCACGGUUUAGCUAUGUUGCUCUCAACACUGCCAACAUCUCUAGCAUCGCACCACUUGUUACCAUCAACAGCCAGAUUGGUCUAUUUCAAACUCACCCACACCUGAGGCAAAUUGUGCGGCCAGCCAUUGAACGUGCAAUAACAGAGUGGAUUCUGCCAGUUGUUGAACGCUCUGUUAAAAUUGCAAUCACAACUUCAGAGCAAAUUGUCAAAAAGGAUUUUGCUCAGGACCCUGACGAAUCACGGAUGAGGGCUGCAGCCCAUCAUAUGGUGCGCAACCUGACAGCAGGCAUGGCCAUGAUCACCUGUAGGGAUCAACUGCUGCUUUCCAUCAAUUCCAAUCUUAAAACUGGUUUUCUCAAUGGACUUCUGGGAGCAACACCUCAACAGAAGGACAUGAUUGAGCAAGCAGCCACUGUAAUCGCCCAGGACAAUAUGGAACUGGCGUGUGCUUUCAUCCAGAAAACUGCUAUAGAGAAGGCCACCCCUGAAAUAGACAAACACCUUAUUACGGAGUACGAGAGGCGGAAGCAUGCUCGAACAGAGGGUCGGCGCUACUGUGACUCAACGGUACUGACCUACCAAGCUGAGCGCAUGCCAGAGCAAAUCAGACUCAAGGUGGGAGCCGUCACUCCUCAGCAGAUGGCUGUUUACGAAGAGUUUGCCCGCAAUAUCCCAGGCUUCCAGCCACUCACUGAACGUGAUGCUGCCAUCUUUAUCCCAAAGCCUGUCUCUGAGCCAGUUUCAGUUGUGUCAUCAUUUCCCACUCCAGCACAUUUGGUUUACAAUGCAACUGAUGAACUUGGUGUGUUGUGUGAGAAGUUGGUGGCAGAAGUGGAACACCUGAUGCAAGCGAUCAUGUCCAGUGGCCAGGCAGUGGGUGUACUUGGACCAAAUAACAGCAACAUUGUUACGAACCUACACGCACUCAUAGAGUACCUCAUGCUGGCUCGCCGUACUCGUGACCCCCUGCCUACUGUCUCCCUCAUCCAGAAGGUGGUAGAAGGACUGUUAGACCCCGGAGCACUGCCCAGUGAGCCAGACCUGGCCAUCCGCUAUAGGGAGCUUCUGUUGCGCAUGCUCAAGUGCCUGCAAGACACUCGGCUUUUUGGUGUCAAAUUUGUCAAUAACCAUGUUGCAAGAUGCAUGACAGAGUGCAGAGAAGAAUACCGGUAUAACCUGGAGGGAGUUGAUUUAUUGAUCCGCUCCCAGCUGGUGAAUAUACAGCAGUAUGACCAACAACUGAGCAUUCUGAUGGAGAAUGGAAUAAACUACAUUGCGAUUGCAUUCGCCAUGCAGCUGGUCCAGCACUAUCUGGUAGAUGACCGCAACAACUCUCCUGUCACCGACAAUGACUUAGGCAACACCAUUGAGACUCUUAUCCGGAUCCUGUCUCAAUCACGCCAACCACCUGAGGGGCUAGCCAACCUCAUAGAGAUGCUGAGAGCAAGUCAUGACCAGAACAUGUUGGCGGACCGUACUCCCGCUGGCCCCACGGCUCAUAUUCACUCUGGCAUUCUCCAAGUAAGGGCUCGUGACUAUGAUGACCCUCCUGGGCUUAUGGAGAAAACAGACUUUUUGUUGAGAGAGUGGGUCUCUAUCUACAAUACCACUUCUGGCAGUAAAGACCCCAGCAAGGCCUUCAGCAUGUUUGUUCACCAGAUGAACUGUCACGGUAUCCUGAAAACUGAUGACUAUAUCACUCGGUUCUUCCGCCUCAGCACACAGAUGGUUGUAGAGCUGUGCUACCGAAUGAUCCCUGAGAUGGCCACUACUAACUCCACGUCAGUUCGUAACAAGGUGUUCCAUACCAUUGAUGCAUAUGUCAAGUUGAUAGCACUGCUCGUCAAACACUCUGGAGACACCACUAAUACUGCCACUAAGAUCAACCUCUUGAACAAGGUGUUGGGUAUUGUGGCGGGAGUUCUACUUCAGGACCAUGACAGUCACCAGAUGGAAUUUCAGCAGCUGCCUUACCACCGGAUCUUCAUCAUGUUAUUCCUUGAGCUCAACGCUCCGGAACCGAUACUUGAUACUAUUAACUACCAGAUAUUAACAGCAUUCUGUCAUACUCUACAUAUCCUAAGACCAGCCAAGUCACCUGGGUUCUCAUACGCUUGGCUAGAGCUAGUGAGUCACCGGGUGUUCCUCGGACGCCUAUUAGUGGUCACCCCCCAACAGAAGGGCUGGUCCAUGUACGCCCAAUUGUUAGUGGACCUGUUCAAAUACCUGGCACCGUUCCUACGCAAUGCUGAGCUGGCAAAACCAGUCACCUUGCUGUACAAGGGAACCCUGCGUGUGUUGCUUGUCCUGCUACAUGACUUUCCAGAGUUCCUCUGCGACUAUCAUUACGGCUUUUGUGAUGUCAUACCGCCUAACUGUAUCCAGAUGAGGAACUUAAUUUUGUCAGCAUUCCCAAGAAACAUGCGGCUGCCUGAUCCGUUCACUCCCAACUUGAAGGUGGACAUGCUAGCAGAGAUCUCUCAUGCACCUCGAGUCCUCACCAACUAUGCUUCCACUAUACAACCCAUCUCUUUCAGAAAGGACUUGGACUCAUACUUAAAACUGCGAGCUCCAGUGACUUUCCUCUCUGAACUUCGCAGUAACUUGCAAGUAUCUAAUGAGCCGGGAAUGCGCUACAAUAUCCCUCUGAUGAAUGCCUUGGUGUUGUACGUGGGUGUGCAAGCUAUUACACACAUCCGCAGUAAAGGGCUGACGCCAAACAUGACCACCAUUGCUCACUCCUCUCACAUGGAUAUUUUCCAGAACCUGGCCGUAGAUCUUGACACUGAAGGUCGGUACUUGUUCCUGAAUGCGAUUGCCAACCAGUUGCGUUACCCCAACAGUCACACUCACUACUUCAGCUGCACUCUGCUCUACUUGUUCGCUGAGGCUAACACUGAGGCUAUUCAGGAGCAGAUCACACGUGUGCUGUUGGAGAGACUGAUUGUGAAUCGUCCUCAUCCAUGGGGUCUUCUGAUCACAUUCAUUGAACUAAUCAAGAACCCUUCGUACAAGUUCUGGAACCAUGAGUUUGUACAUUGCGCCCCUGAAAUAGAGAAGCUGUUUGAGUCAGUGGCAAGGUCAUGUAUGGUGCAAAAACAUGUACAGGUCCCCUCGGAAAAUGAGCUGACAGAUUUGCAGAGUUUGACCUCCCAGACAGCAUUCUCAGUCGCAUAGUUGGCUCCAGUAACAACAAGACUGUUGUAUUAUUUCAUUUCAGUUAACAACGUAAUACUUAUGGUUUUAAAUUUUUCUCACUUAGUUCAGUUAAGUUUUGUUUUAUUUGUAUAUCAACAGCAGGUACUUUUAAACCGUGUCGAUUCCAUAAUAGUGUAGUUUAUAUAGUGUGUUAAGUGUGCCUUUUUUGUUCUCUCUAUAAUGUGAGACUGUAAGUAUCCUGAUCCCCUGUGAAAAGUUCGCAGUGUAGUUAUGAACAUGAAUAAAUCAAACCGGAGACUGGAAGUUUGUUAUCACUUCCUCCAUUUGUGCUAUUGUGUUCUGUGAAUAACAGUUUUUAAACUGAUACAUGAUUGCACAAAGUAUUUUUCUGGAUAAGGUGAAUCAUGUCCUGUCAAAUAUGUAUGUAUUACAAAUCUUGUAAAUGUAUUUCUGUAAUAAACUUCGUACAUAAGAUA